AUGGCUUUACAGGCCAAUCUUCUGGCAGCGAGCGCAUUCUCGGCGGGAGUUGAAGCCUUGCCGUCGUUGUUAACCAUCCUCUCAACCCCGUGGCGAACAUCCGGUCAAAGACCGACUACGAACUCGCGGCCCCGAACACGAAUCGUUCAAAAGCAAGACACAAGGGGAUUGCACUCUGAGCGGCAGCUAGGUCAUGAUGCUGUUACCAAGCAUGCCUCAGAAGGGGUGACCGUCCCGCUACCCGAGUUUCUAACUCAACCGAAUAUCGCGGCAUUGAAAACAGUCCCGACUGGUCUUUCUCCUUUGACCUGGCAAUCUCUGGUGUCAGCAGUACCGCGCAAUCGAUUCCACUUGACUAACCCCCAAGUUCGAAAUCUCUCAUCUGUCCGAAGAAAUCACUCUACAUCGACAACAUUCGGUCCAUUCGGUCUGCGGAAGGUCGGGGGAUAUGGAAAUGUCUUCGAACAACAACGUCGGGGACUGUUUGGAGGCUCCAAUAAUAACUCGAAUUCGUCAUCGGUUCUCUCGCACCUCGAACAAACUGCGAACAACAACCCCCAAAGCGCAACGGCGCAAAAUGCCUUCUACUCCGCCUGCCUCCGGGCAAACCGUCCGGACAUAGUCGCUCACCGAUACCAGACUGGACGCUUUGCCGCCAAUCCUGCAUGCGAGGCAUUGUACACGCGUUCUUUGGAGCGAUUGGGAGCAGCCGAGCUCGGACCCGGUGAAGUUGCAGGGAGAGAUGCUGCAGGUAACGGCGGCGCACUUUCCCAAGAGCAACUCCAAGCUGUUGGCCAGGCGGUUGCUGGUCGUGUUCGUGCAGCUGGAGGGACCGUCAGUGCCAGAGGUGGCUCAGGCGCCAAGACUAGCCCUCUUCAUGUCGUCGUUGAUGAAUCCAUGUGGUCUACCGUCUUCAAACUAUUCAGGUUUCUCCUGACUUUUGGGUUCGGCGUAUGGAUCACAAUGGUAGUUCUCAAUCUGCUGCUUGAAGGGACGGGGAUGCUGCGGAGGGUUAGCGGUCAGCAGCAUGCCGAAGCACGACCCGAACUUCAGACCACCCGGUUCAGCGAUGUUCAUGGAUGCGAAGAAGCGAAGGAUGAACUACUAGAGCUGGUUGAAUUCCUGAAAUCACCCGAUAAGUUCAGCGCACUUGGCGGCAAGCUUCCUAAAGGUGUUUUGCUCGUUGGCCCUCCUGGUACCGGCAAAACGCUCCUCGCUCGUGCCGUUGCAGGUGAGGCGGGAGUCCCGUUCUUCUACAUGUCUGGCUCCGAGUUCGAUGAAGUCUAUGUCGGUGUCGGUGCCAAGCGCGUUCGUGAGCUUUUCACUGCUGCUCGGACCAAGGCACCCGCGAUUGUAUUCAUAGACGAGUUGGAUGCCAUCGGAGGCAAGCGAAACGAAAGAGACGCCGCCUAUGUGAAACAGACGCUAAACCAACUACUCACCGAGUUAGAUGGAUUCGAUCAGGACGCCGGCGUCAUUAUCAUCGGUGCGACCAACUUUCCCGAGUCGCUGGAUAAGGCUUUGACUCGACCCGGACGAUUCGACCGCCAUGUCGUGGUUCCCCUCCCCGAUGUCAGGGGUCGGUUGGGCAUCUUGACCCACCACAUGCGCAACGUCCAGAUCUCCACCGACGUGGACGCAUCGGUCUUGGCGCGAGCGACUCCUGGGUUUUCCGGUGCGGAGCUUGAGAACGUCGUGAAUCAGGCUGCCGUGCACGCGAGCAAGCGUAAGGCCAAGCAAGUGGCCAUGAUUGACUUCGAAUGGGCUAAAGAUAAGGUUCUCAUGGGUGCGGAGCGGCGCAGCGCGGUUAUUCAACAGAAGGACAAGAUCAUGACGGCAUAUCAUGAGGGCGGCCAUGCCCUAGUCGCUAUGUUUACCGCUGCUGCCGAUCCGUUGUACAAAGCCACCAUCAUGCCUCGCGGACACGCCCUGGGGAUCACGUACCAGCUACCGGAAAUGGACCGUGUCUCCAUGGCCAAGAAGGAAUAUCUCGCUACCAUUGACGUAUGCAUGGGCGGCAAGGUUGCGGAAGAGCUCGUGUACGGAAACGACAACGUCACAUCUGGCGCCUCAUCUGACUUGCAAAAAGCCACGUCCAUUGCCUAUGCCAUGGUCACUCAAAUGGGCAUGUCUGACGCCUUCGGAAACAUCGAUCUCCACUCCGAGUACAACCGACUCUCAUCCGAAACCCGCCAGAAGAUCUGGGACGAAGUCCACAAGAUCCUUGAGGACGGGAAAGACCGCGCCACCAAACUCCUCCUCGCGAAGCGAAAGGAGUUGGACCUUCUCGCCGAUGCGCUGGUCGAGUACGAGUAUCUGGACAAGGAUGAGAUGGAGAAGGUCGUCAGGGGCGAGAAACUUCCAGGGAAGAUGAAGAUGGGCGAAAACGCUCCGAUCAAGCUGCCCGACAUCGUCGUUCCUGGGUUCGGCGGUCCCAAACCGCCGCAACCGGUGGGUGGGGACGGUGGAGCGCCGCCGCCUCCGCCUCCCGUCGUGGCCCAGGCGGGCUCGUCAUAG